UUUCAACCUCACUGACCUACUUAUAAACCAUACUGAUAACUUAUUGAAAUCUCAUACCAGACAGCCAAAAUGAGCGGUCUAAGAACCUAUCGCAAUUUUGAUCUCAAAGAUACCCCUCCCCUGACAGACAAAGUCGCCGUAGUAACAGGCGGUAACGCUGGGUUUGGGAGAGAAAUCGUUGCGCAGCUUCUCAAACACGACAUCUCGAAAGUCUAUGUCCUAGCCCGCAGCCCCGAGAAAUUUCAGCAGGCAAUUGAUUAUUGGAAGGAGUUGCAAGUUCCCGAGGAUCGAGUGGAAUUCAGGAAAUGCGAUCUUAGUGAUAUCACGGUAGCCAAGAAGGUCGCGGAUGAUUUAAUGCAGAAGUUGGACCGCUUAGACAUGCUGAUCAACAAUGCCGGUUCUCCACCGGUAAAAGAUUAUACACUCUCCCCGCAAGGAAUUGAAACCAUUUUCGCAGCUAAUGUCGUUGGGGUAUUCGUCUUGACCAACGUCCUCCUCCCAAAGCUUGAGAGCACAGCCGAGAAGCAUGGUAACUCGAGGAUUGUGGUGACUUCCUCCUCACUCCAUAUGGGAUGUCAGGAGCUGGACCUUGAUCUCACAAUGUCCCCAACGCCCAUCAAGAGCCCUGCUGCUCUAGAUUCCUGUUGGCGAUAUGCGAGGAGUAAGCUAGGGAACAUCUUAUUUACAAGAGAACUUGCAAGGCGCCUGGAUAAGAGAGGAUCGGCGAAGGUGUAUGCAAAUUGCUUCUUCCCAGGGAACAUUCCGACGGAGGCCAUGGAUGUUUGGAAAGAUCUUUUUGGCUCAUUAGGCGGCACGGCUCUCAAAGAACUUUUCCAAAUUAUUGGCCAGUCGCCAAUAGACGCUGCUGCGACAGCAAUAUAUCUCGCGGCAUCUCCAGAAGUAGAAUCAAAGGACCAAAAAGGAAAAUACUUUAUCCCCAUUGCCACUGAGGAUGGUACUUCAAAGCUUGCUGAAGACAAGGAUUUGGCAAGGAAUCUGUGGUACUGGUGUGAUGAUAAAGCUACUAAGGCUCUUGGAAAGGGGUGGCCAGAUGGCCCGAGCACACCUAACUAGACAGGUUUAAUAUUGUAGAAGAUGAUGGUUUAGGGGAGAGAAUUUCUUCUUUUUGUUUUUUGGGG